AUGAGGCUCCCGCUGCUGCUGUGCUUGGCCACGCUGGCCACCAGCAGCUUCUCCACGGAGCCAGAGACAGACCUCACCCGGGAGCUCUCCAUCACCUACAGAGUCCUGGAGGUCUUCCCCCAAGGCCGCCGAGUGGCCAUAACCUGCCACACGCAGGUGUCCCCGCCUGUCACCUACACCCUCUGGGGGAGCCGGGACAUCGAGGUUUCCAAGAAGGUGGUGAGCACCCGCGACCCCGUCUCCUUCCACAUCAACGUCACGCUCAAGUCCAGGCCAGACCUGCUCACCUACACCUGCCAGGCCAGCACCGCCUGGGGCAUGCGCCUGGCCAGCGCCCCCCUGCAGCUGUACUGGGAGCUGUGGGCCAAGCCCGUGUCCCAGCUGCAAGCUGACUUCACCGUGCUGGACAGAGAGGCUGGCCCCAGGUUGGAGAUGUCCUGCCAGGCGGCCUCGGGCAGCCCGCCCAUCACCUACAGCCUGGUCGGGAGGGACGGGCACGUGCACAUGCGGCAGACACCGCAGUACGGGCAGCCCGCCAACUUCUCCUUCCCGCUGACCCAGACGCCGGCCUGGCUGCAGUGCCAGGCCCAAAAUGGCGUCAGUGUCCAGAGCAGCCCCCUCACGCUGGUGCCCCCAGGCCAGCUGCCCAAGGCCCCCACCUUCGUGCUGGCUGCCAGCCUUGCCUCCAUCGCCGCCAUCACCUCCGGGAUGCUGGGCUGGACCAGGUGGACCAGGUAG